AUGUGGAAAGUUGGAAGAUACAUUAAAGAACAUACAUGUGAUAUGGGUACGUGCCGCGAUGGACAUUUCAACUUGGAUGUUGAGAUUAUUGCUAACGUCCUCCGUGUUGAUAUAGAAAAAACGCCAAGAAGAAAAGCCUAUCUUGAUCGCAAGCGUGCUUUUGAAAAAGUCUAUGGUACUUGGGAAGAUUCUUUUGCCGAGUUGCCGAGGUUCAUGGAAGCUUUGAAACACUUCAAUCUCGGAACAAUAGUUGAAUGGAAAACAGAGCAGCGUGUCGAUGUCAUUGAAGAUGUAUUCAACUAUGUGCUCUGGACUUUUAAACCAUUCAUUGAUGGGUUUGUGUUUUGUCGUCCUGUUAUAUCGAUCGAUGGAACACAUGUCUAUGGAAAAUAUGAUAUCAAGUUGUUGAUUGCGAUUGCAACGGAUGGUAACGGCUCAAUAUUACCUUUUGCAUUUGCAAUAGUUGCGAAUGAGAGCAUGGAGACAUGGAGUUUAUUUUUGGAUCAUUUGCACUUGCACGUUGUCAAGGAUCGUAGAGAUGUAGCAUUGAUUUCAGAUAGGCAUCACAGAAUACUCUCAUCCAUGUAUAAUUCUCCCAAUUGGCAGGCCUCGUUUGGGUUCCAUCCUGCAAAUCACUGUCAGGAGAAAAAGUUUUUGAAAAAAAUGGAGAUGAUCAAGGAGAUUAACCCGGAAGCGUAUGUGUGGUUAAUGAAGAAUGAUCUUGACAAAUGGACAUUGCACAGGGAUGGAGGUAGGAGAUGGGGAAUGCUGAUAACAAAUAGUUCUGAGUCAUUCAAUAGUCUUCUUAAGUCAGUCAGGGGCCUGCCAGUUACUGCAAUGGUAAGACUCACUUACAAUCAGAUUGUGAACCGAUUUGUUACAAGAUCAAAAUUUGUCAAUCAGCUAGUACAACAAAAGCAACAAUGGAUGCCUAAACCAUUUAAGAUUUUUGAGGAUAAUCGAAAAAAGUCACAGCGUCACACACUUAUCAACUAUCACCAACAAAGGGAAAACAUAUUUGAGGUGCAGACACAUAUGCAUCAUGGCCGUGGUGGUAAUAAGCACAUUGUAAAUGCAUCACAAGGAAAAUGUCAAUGUCGUAAAUGGCAAUCAUACAAUUCAAUCCACUCGGCGGUGAAAAGUAUUGGCCUGAUAGCCCUUUUCUUAUGA